AUGGGUAACUUAUUCACCAACUACUGCUAUUGUAUUAGUAGAGAUCAUCGAUGCAUUCAACCCAAAGCUACACCAGAAAACAAUAUUCUUGAAGAUGGUCCAAUAAAAAUCAUCGAUUAUUCAGGCUUAGCAAAAUAUUCCAGCAGCAUCAACGAUUUCAAAAAUCAAAUGAAGCACUUUGUGCCAUAUGAAAUCCGAUGUAUAAAGGAUUCAUCAUUUGAUACCGAUCAUUCAUAUGUUAGAGUAACUGGGGUCAGUCAGCUUACUAAAAAAGAUAUAACUAUCGAAAUUUCUUAUUCUUUGGGGAACUUCGUAAUAUGUAUUUCCCCUUAUUGGGAUUAUGAUAAUAGCAGCAAAAUUGCAGGCAUUUUGGAACUUUCUUAUAAAUUUCCUAAAAACACAGUAACUUGUAACUCAGAAAUUUCAUUUAGAUUUUAAAGAUUUUUUUGACUGGCUUGAUAACUAUAAAUCUGAGGAAACAAAAUUUGAGAUAUAUGAAGAAUGCAAUAUGGGAAAGCUCAUUUUUAAAGUAUUUAAAUCGAUGGGAAAUAAAAUUGAAGUUUAG